ACACCAAAAUAUCGUUACUCAUUAUCCUCCUCCCCUCUUCAAUCUCCCUCAACUCAACCCUCUUGCUCCAUUUCUUCUACUGUUCCUUGUGUUCUUUUCUGUUUCCUUAAUUUCAACCAAAUUUUCUAAGCAAUCAGAAUUCUUCAGUUUAUGCAAUUAACAAUUUGUAAGAAUUGCCCAACAAUAUUUGUUAUUCACCGGAUUAAAUUAAAGAUUACCCAGUUGAAUUGCACCCGAUUGAAGUGAAUUUGGAGCUACCCAUCUGUUGCCAACACUGAAUUUACUUUCCUUUUCAUUGUUCAAAGUUUCCCAUUGAAGAAGAAGUCCAUCCCUGGGGAUGCCAUUGGUGAUUCUCCAGCCAAGUUCGGUGACUCCAGUGAUAGGAGGGUCUUUAUCUCAUGUACAAGCAUGCCCUAUGCAUUCAGGCUACCUUAAUGAACGUGUCUUGCUUCGUCGUAAUACUUUGCUCAGUGUUUCCUACAUCAGAAAAUCAGAGUUUGUGAAGCUCAAUGCCUACUAUGAUCUUGGUUUUGUUAAUCAUUUGAAGGUGUGUGGCAAUCUAUCCAAACUUUUAUUAAAGCAUAGAAUUCCACCGCAAAGUUCGAGCCAUACUUCUGCUGUGGUCAUUAAGAAUGAUUAUCCCCAAAAUGCUGAUCUGCCGAAAUAUUACUCAAAGAAGGAAAAGAAGCCUUUUCCAGUACCUAUAGUAGAGCUGAGGCGAGCAGCCAGAGAAAGAUUAAAGAAUAGCAAAGGGCAACCUAGAAGACCUGUGCCUCCACCAAAGAAUGGCCUUCUGGUUAAGCGCCUAAUACCAGUUGCUUAUGAUGUAGUGAAUGCGAGGAUUUUAUUGACAAACAAUCUGAAGAAGCUCUUGAAAGUUGUGACCUUCCAUGCAUGCAAAUGCUGCAAUGAAAUCCAUGUUGGGCCCGUUGGGCACCCAUUCAAGUCUUGCAGGGGUCCAGGAGCAUCGAAUCGGUAUGGUAAUCACGACUGGGGAAGUGCUGUGGUGGAAGACAUUUUGGUCCCUGUAGAAGCUUAUCAUCUUGAUGACCGUCUCAGGAAGCGUAUCGCUCAUGACGAAAGAUUUUCAAUUCCCCGUAUCCCUGCAGUGGUAGAACUUUGCAUCCAAGCUGGUGUUAAUCUUACAGGAUACCCUACAAAGAGGCGAAGAAAGGCCAUCAUUCGUAUUGGCAAAAGUGAAUUUAUUGAUGCAGAUGAAAGUCAUCUGCCAGAUCCUGAACCCGAACCCGAAAAUUCCAGUGUGACAGUAUUAUCUGAAAUACCUGAUGCAGAAAUAGUACCCCCGUCUAGUGUUGAGGAAACAGUCUUACUCGCCGAAGAAACCCUCAUAGCAUGGGAAAGGAUGAGACAAGGGGCCAAUAAGUUGAUGAAAAUGUAUCCGGUUAGGGUUUGUGGGUAUUGCCCCGAGGUGCACGUGGGGUCUUCGGGGCACAAGGCUCAGAACUGUGGGGCCUACAAGCACCAGCAACGGAAUGGACAGCACGGCUGGCAAAGGGCGGUUCUUAAUGAUCUGAUACCACCCCGAUACGUGUGGCAUGUUCCUGAUGUUAAUGGUCCUCCAAUGAAGCGGGAACUUCGAAGCUAUUAUGGUCAGGCACCUGCAGUGGUGGAAUUGUGUGUUCAAGCUGGGGCUGCAGUUCCCGAGCAAUAUAUGCCAACUAUGAGAUUAGAUAUUGGAAUUCCAGUAAGUAUUGAGGAAGCUGAAAAGGUGGUUUGAUUAUAGUUGACGUCAAUGGAGAUUAUAAGGUAAGGAUGAAUAGCCCUAUCGGGUCGAAACCCCGCACGGGUCAACCCGCCCGGGUUAACAGGCUAGACACUUUGAGAGUGGGGGGAGUGAUAAGGGAAACCCUCCCUCAAAGUGUCCCUAGUGGGGAUUGAACCCCCAACCUUUUGGUUGGAAGGUGAAAUCCUUUCCACUAGGUCAAGACACACUUGGUUUUGAGAUUUGUUGUUGACUUCCUGUAUGCAUGAUUAUAUUACCAAAUUUGAUACUGACGAAUGUGCCAUUUGAAUUUACAACGCUCUUACAUUCCAAAGAGACAAGUGGAGUGAGUAUCGCGUAUUUAUUUAUUUAAAAAAUAUUUGU